GAAGGCAACUGCACUUACGAAGGAUCCAACCAGUGUCAACCGGGAGUCCUCCUCCCUGUUUGGCAGCCAGACAACCCUUCCUUCGGUGACAAGGCUGCCAGGGCAAUUGUCUACUUUGUUGCCAUGAUGUACAUGUUCCUGGGAGUCUCCAUCAUUGCUGACCGCUUCAUGGCAUCCAUUGAGGUGAUCACAUCCAAGGAGAAGGAGAUCACUAUCACCAAGUCCAACGGCGAGACCAGCAUUGGCACUGUGAGGAUUUGGAAUGAGACCGUCUCCAACCUCACCCUCAUGGCGUUGGGCUCAUCAGCACCAGAAAUCCUCCUCUCGGUCAUUGAGGUUUGUGGCCACAACUUCCAAGCUGGUGAGUUGGGUCCUGGCACCAUAGUGGGCAGCGCGGCCUUCAACAUGUUUGUGGUCAUUGCAGUGUGUGUUUAUGUCAUUCCUCAUGGUGAGAGCCGCAAAAUCAAGCACCUGAGGGUCUUCUUCGUCACAGCUUCCUGGAGCAUCUUUGCCUACAUUUGGUUGUACCUGAUCUUGGCCGUCUUCUCACCUGGGAUCGUGCAGGUCUGGGAGGCCUUGCUAACCCUAAUCUUCUUCCCUGUCUGUGUGGUCUUUGCAUGGAUGGCUGAUAAGCGCCUUCUCUUCUACAAGUACGUCUACAAGAGGUACAGGGCUGACCCGCGUAGUGGCAUAAUCAUCGGGACAGAGGGCGAGUUCCCCAAGGGUAUAGAGAUGGAUGGCAGCUUCGUGGCCAAUGACCACAGGGAGAGCGUCUUCGUGGAUGGAAGCGCAGCCUCGGUGUCCCCCCUUCCUAUAGCCACUCAGGAGGAAAAAGAAUUGGAUGAGAGUCGCAAGGAGGUCAUUCAGAUCCUCAAAGACCUCAAGCAGAAGCACCCAGACAAGGAAUUAGACCAGCUCGUUGAGAUGGCCAACUAUUACGCCUUGUUGCAUCAGCAGAAGAGCCGAGCCUUCUACCGCAUCCAGGCAACGCGAAUGAUGACUGGGGCAGGGAACAUCCUCAAGAAACAUGUCUCUGAGUUCUCCAAGAAGUCAGUUAAUCUGCUGGAGGUGCCAUCAGAGGCAGAUGUGGAAGAGAACUACAGCAAAAUCUUCUUUGAGCCAUGCAUGUACCACUGUUUGGAGAAUUGCGGCUCGGUCACCUUGACUGUGGCAUGUCAGCAGGGCGGCGACACCUACAACACUUUCUACGUAGACUACAAAACAGAGGACGGUUCGGCCAAAGCAGGCUCGGACUAUGAGUACAGCGAGGGGACAUUGAUCUUCAAGCCUGGUGAGACCCAGAAAGAGCUGAAGAUUGGCAUAAUCGAUGACGAUAUCUUCGAAGAGGACGAGCAUUUUUUCGUCCGGCUGCUCAACUUGCGUGUGGGGGAUGCCGAAGGCAUGUUCGAGUCAGACUCAGCUGACCACCCCAAGGGGCGGCUUGUGGCACCGCUGGUGGCCACCGUGACCAUUUUGGACGAUGACCAUGCUGGCAUCUUUACCUUCCAGGAUAAAUUGUUGAGGGUGAGUGAGUGCCAAGGGACCCUGGAGGUCAAGGUGAUCCGGAGCUCAGGGGCCCGUGGGACGGUGAUGGUCCCCUACCAGACGGUGGAAGGGACUGCGCGAGGAGGGGGAGUGGACUACGAAGAUUCCUGCGGGGAGCUGGAGUUCAAGGAUGAUGAAACAGUGAAAUCCCUUUAUGUGAAAAUUGUGGAUGUUGAAGAAUAUGAAAAAAAGGACAGCUUCUUCAUAGAGCUGGGGCAGCCACGGUGGUUGAAACGGGGCAUAUCAGCCCUUUUGCUCAAUCAAGUGGAUGCUGACAAGAAGCUCUCGGCUGAGGAAGAGGAAGCCCGCAGGAUUGCGGAGAUGGGUCAGCCCAUCCUUGGGGAAAACUCUCGCCUUGAAGUCAUCAUUGAGGAGUCCUACGACUUCAAGAACACUGUAGACAAGCUCAUCAAGAAGACAAAUCUGGCAUUGGUGAUUGGUACACACUCAUGGAGGGAACAGUUCCUAGAGGCGAUCACCGUGAGUGCAGCUGGGGACGAGGAAGAGGAGGAAGAUGGGCGUGAGGAGCGCCUUCCCUCCUGCUUCGAUUACGUCAUGCACUUCCUGACCGUCUUCUGGAAGGUUCUCUUCGCCUGUGUGCCCCCCACUGAGUACUGGAAUGGCUGGGCCUGCUUCAGCGUCAGCAUCCUGGUGAUCGGGGUGUUGACGGCGUUCAUUGGGGACCUGGCUUCCCACUUCGGCUGCACCGUCGGCCUCAAGGACUCUGUUAACGCCGUGGUGUUUGUGGCCCUGGGUACUUCCAUACCAGACACCUUUGCCAGCAAAGUGGCCGCUCUCCAGGACCAGUGUGCAGAUGCUUCCAUCGGCAACGUCACUGGCAGCAACGCCGUCAACGUCUUCCUGGGCUUGGGUGUGGCCUGGUCCGUGGCAGCCAUUUACUGGGCCUUCCAAGGCAAAAACUUUGAGGUGCAGAAGGGGAACCUGGCCUUCUCCGUCACCCUCUUCACCAUCUUCGCCUUCGUUUGCAUCAGCGUCCUCAUGUACCGCCGCCGGCCGCACAUAGGGGGUGAGCUGGGGGGACCCCGAACCGCCAAAAUUCUCACCACUUGCCUCUUCAUGGGCCUCUGGUUGCUGUACAUCCUUUUUGCCAGCCUCGAGGCCUACUGCCACAUCAAGGGCUUCUGA